AUGAGCUGUUCCGAACCAUCUAGAGAUGCAGCCACAAACCACGAUGUAGCGGCCGGUCAGCUCGACGUCGGCCCACCGCUUCUUGGCACGGUGACCGCGUCCUCUGCAGCCUAUGCGAGCAGCCAUGUCGACGACAGCAAUGCCGCCAACCCCAAUGACCCUGAGCAGCUCAGCCGAGUGAUCAGCGGGCCACCCUAUAGCGUCUUCACUCCCGGCAUGAAGCGCUACAUCAUCAUCAUGGUCACAUUUACGAGCUUCAUCUCGCCCAUGACUGCCAACAUUUAUUUUCCCGCUCUGGUGCCAAUAGCCGUGGACCUCGGCGUCUCCAUUGGCCUCAUCAACCUGACCGUCACCACAUUCAUGAUCUUCCAAGGCAUUGCACCAACACUCGUCGGCGACUUCGGCGACAUGGCUGGACGACGGCCGGCUUUUAUCAUUGCCUUGGCCAUCUACCUGGUUGUCAACAUCGGCCUCGCGCUGCAAAAGAACUUUGCCGCCCUUUUGGUCUUGCGCAUGCUCCAGAGUGCUGGCAGCAGCGGCACCCUGGCAUUGGGCUUCGCCGUGGUGGCCGAUGUCGCCGUGAGCGCCGAGCGGGGCAAGUACAUGGGCAUUGUGGGUGCCGGCAUCAACGUCGGACCGGCACUGAGCCCCGUGCUUGGCGGUAUCUUGGCGCAGUACCUGGGCUGGCGGUCCAUCUUUGGUUUUGCUGCAUUGUGA